AUGGAAGAUCCACCGGAGAGGUUGGGAUCGGGGGAUUUGGAUUCCGCCUCCGCCGUUAAAACCGACGACUUCUCCAUGGAAAUUGAUCCACCGUUUCAGGAAAACGCUGUUACUGCCGAGGACUGGCGGAAGUCUCUUAGCAAAGUCGUCCCCGCCGUCGUCGUUCUUCGGAUAACCGCUACUCGUGCUUUCGACACUGAGUCCGCUUCCGCCAGUUACGCUACCGGUUUCGUCGUCGAUAAACGCCGUGGUAUUAUCCUCACCAAUCGCCACGUCGUCAAGCCUGGACCUGUUGUUGCAGAAGCCAUGUUCUUGAACCGCGAAGAAGUUCCUGUGCAUCCUAUAUACAGAGAUCCAGUACAUGAUUUUGGGUUCUAUCGGUAUGAUCCUAGUGCUAUACAAUUUCUAAAAUAUGAAGAGAUACCUCUUGCUCCUGAGGGUGCUUGUGUUGGAUUAGAAAUCAGAGUUGUUGGUAAUGAUAGUGGUGAGAAGGUUUCCAUAUUGGCUGGUACUCUUGCUCGUUUGGACAGGGAUGCUCCUCACUAUAAGAAGGAUGGGUAUAAUGACUUCAACACAUUCUAUAUGCAAGCAGCAUCUGGGACCAAAGGAGGAUCAAGUGGUUCCCCAGUUAUAGAUUGGCAAGGCAGGGCAGUUGGCCUAAAUGCUGGGAGCAAGACAACAAGUGCAUCAGCAUUCUUUUUACCUCUAGAACGAGUUGUGAGGGCAUUAAAGUUUCUUCAAAAGGGGAGUGAAACAUAUGUUGAUAAAUGGAUGGCAGUUUCUAUACCUCGUGGUACACUUCAGGUGACUUUUCUUCAUAAAGGGUUUGAUGAGACUCGUCGACUUGGCCUUAGAAGUGAGACAGAGCAGACAGUACGGCAUGCUUCUCCUAUCAGUGAAACUGGAAUGCUUGUUGUGGAAUCUGCGGUGCCAGGUGGUCCAGGCUAUAAACAUUUGGAACCGGGUGAUGUACUUGUUCGUGUCAAUGGUGAGGUCAUUACUCAAUUCCUGAAACUGGAGACUAUACUUGAUGACAGUGUAAACUCAAACAUAGAAUUACAAAUUGAAAGAGGUGGUGUGUCAAAGACUUUAACUCUAUCGGUGCAAGAUUUGCACUCAAUAACUCCCAAUUAUUUCUUGCAAGUUAGUGGAGCAAUAAUCCACCCUCUUUCAUAUCAGCAGGCUAGGAACUUCCGAUUUCAAUGUGGUCUUGUUUAUGUGACUGAACCAGGAUAUAUGCUCUUUAAAGCAGGAGUUCCCCGCCAUGCAAUAAUUAAGAAAUUUGCCGGUGAAGAAAUAUCUUGCCUUGAGGAAUUAAUAUCAAUUCUGUCCAAGCUAUCAAGGGGUGCUCGAGUACCAUUGGAGUAUAUAAGCUACGUGGAUCGUCAUCGAAGGAAGGUAAGGUUACUAUAG